CAUCGAAUUGGGCUAUACGGACGAAGUUGUUCAGAAAACCAUCGUAGUCGGCGACGGAGAAAAUCUGGAUCUCCCAUAUGUCAAGAUCAGCCCAGCAGCCACGAUUCCCUCUUUAGUGACCCCAGAGGGGAAGCUCUACGAUUCGACCUUGACAGUCGUCAAAUAUUUGCUCGAUAAUGCUCCUCAAAAGGAUAAAGUCAAAUAUAGCUCGGAUACAAAGCUCUUGGAGAUUGUUCACGAAGAUAGUAUUGACCCCAACACAUUCUUCCUCGCAGCAAGGAGCGAGGAGGAGCUAGCCGCCAAACGAAAGGCAUUUCCGAUGCACUUUGUUUCCUCCCAAACGCUCGCUUCUGCAGGUCAAAAGGUCCUGGAACGUGUGAAGCCAAUCGCCCCUCCUGAACUCAAGGACUUCUACGAUCAGAAAUAUAAGGGAAAUAGCGGUCUACUUGCAAUCUACACAGAAGGCGCAUCCAGCGAGGUCACGGCUCCUUGGUUCAAGAUGUCGCAAGCCAACUGGGACGCUAUUGGUAACUUUAUCACUCAAGUCCUUCCAACUUACUUGCCGGAACAAGGACUACUCGGAGGUGAUACCCCAAAUGAAACUGAUUACCACGUAGGCGCAUAUCUUGCUCGCAUUGCGGAUGUCCUGGGAGCCAAGAGCGAGAAAGGCGCUGCGUCUAUCUUCAAAGUUUUCACCGGCGAGGUGCCCGCCAGUGUUUUGCAAUACUGGGAUACUUGGGUUGUUCGUCCAUCAUGGGAGACUGUCUACAAGCAUGGCCUGCAUUAA